CCAAAUGGCGCAGUGCGCCUGAGCAAGAAAGAGAGGAAGUGGCGGCUGAAGCAGGUCCGCACCUUUUCCGGUAACACCGACAGCAGCAGCGCGACCGGGACCGAAAGAGCGACCGGAGAGGAAAAGAGGGGACAGAACCGACCCGGGGCGAGCGAGCGGGCGGCUGUUUAACGAGGGACGGAAGAGGGGAAACUCGGGAUGAAUGACUGACGUCUGGAGUUUUUUCAGACGCCGAACGCACGAUCCGGAACGCGUCCGAAGGGAAUGUGCGCAAAAAAAAGGCGACCCGACAGCCGGUGUAAAAGAAGGAAGUUUGAGGAGAUCCGAAAGGCCUAUCGCAGAUCUACACACAUGUUCUUUUAGGACGAUUUUUCCCUGAUUUUUGAGCUGUGGGAGUUUUGCAAAGUUUCACUUUGUUUAUGCGUUUUUCUGACCUCGCCAAAGCUGCCAGACCAAAAACCCCGCGUUCCUCUUCCUGCGACUAACGUGAUAUAUGCACAGCCUACAAGAUGGGGAAGAUGCUUUCGAAGAUCUUCGGCAACAAGGAGAUGAGAAUAUUGAUGCUUGGACUUGACGCGGCGGGAAAGACGACAAUCUUGUACAAACUCAAACUGGGACAGUCGGUGACCACCAUCCCGACGGUGGGCUUCAACGUGGAGACGGUCACCUACAAGAACGUCAAGUUCAACGUGUGGGACGUGGGCGGUCAGGACAAGAUCCGGCCGCUGUGGCGGCACUACUACACCGGCACCCAAGGCCUGAUCUUCGUGGUGGACUGCGCCGACCGAGACCGGAUCGACGAGGCCAGGCAGGAGCUGCAUCGCAUCAUCAACGACCGCGAGAUGCGGGACGCCAUCAUCCUGAUCUUCGCCAACAAGCAAGACCUGCCGGACGCCAUGAAGCCGCACGAGAUCCAGGAGAAGCUGGGCUUGACCCGGAUCCGAGACCGCAACUGGUACGUUCAGCCGUCCUGCGCCACGACGGGCGACGGACUCUACGAAGGGCUCACCUGGCUCACGUCCAAUUACAAGUCCUAACGCGAGCGAUUAACUACUAGAAGCGAUUAACCAAUAACUCUGGCUUCUGUCUGUAAAGUUCGGUUUUACUCUCAUUCUUUCAUUUCAGUGUAACUCCACUUUUCUUUCUGUAGUCCUCCUGUUACGUUCCAGCGUCCACAGAGUAUUACUUUCAGAAGCUGUGGGGGGAAAAAAGGGGUUUUUUGUCACCGAAGAUCCGGUUUGUUAGUCCAAAAAUGGCAGCUUGUUUGUUUACCUCUGUGCCAUCACGUUUAACGAAUGUAUGGAGAAAAUCGAGCAGAGCUUUGAAAUAAACGCAACGAUCCGAGCAGAAAGAUCUGAUUGUUUUCCAUGAAGAAACCGAUUUUGAUUUCGCACUGUUCUUGGCCUUUUCUCGAGGUGCUCCGCUAAACACGUUCUCCUGGUCGCGUCAAGCCGGGAGCGAGUGUGGUUUUUCGCCGUCGUUUCUGAUCUAAUCCAGCCGUCUUAACCCGUUUCUAUCGUGGUUCUGGUACCGACUCUCCUCAAACCGUAACCGCAGACCGCACAAAUCACACCAAGCCUCUUUUUCUCGUACUAAAUUAAUGCUUUGUUUUAUUAUUUUGACAUAUUUGUUAUGCUGAAGAAAUAAUAAAAUCUAUAUAUAUAUCCAGUA